AUGGCGACCGAGACGGUAACCAGGACCAAGGUCAAACUGGGCAAGAAUGAAAAACUCCCACCCGAAAAUGUUCGGUUCAUGGCCGCGUGUGCCGACAUUGCUCGAGCGCUGGUACAAGAAUACGAAGCCAGCCUCGAUGACUCGAAACCGAAGAAAGAUGUCAACCUCAAUAGACUCAGAGGCGACAUUGCGAAGAAACACCGGCUCAGCACCCAGCCGCCUUUGACCGCCAUUCUUGCCGCCACCCCCGAGCAGUACAAAAAACAUCUCCUUCCGAAGCUGAUUGCAAAGCCUGUACGGUCAGCAAGUGGAAUUGCCGUCGUGGCGGUCAUGUGUAAACCGCAUCGUUGUCCGCACAUUGCCUUUACAGGAAACGUCUGUACCUACUGUCCAGGAGGCGUCGAUUCGGAUUUCGAAUACUCUACUCAGUCCUACACCGGCUAUGAGCCUACAUCCAUGCGUGCCAUCCGUGCCCGAUAUGAUCCGUUCGAACAGGCUCGAGGGCGAGUCGAUCAGAUCAAAAGUCUCGGACAUAGUGUUGACAAGGUGGAAUUCAUCAUCAUGGGCGGCACCUUCAUGUCUCUAGAUCAGGCCUAUCGCGACAACUUCAUCGCUCAGUUACACAAUGCUCUGUCAGGCUAUCAGACUGAGAAUGUCGAUGAAGCGGUUGCGGCAGGGGAGAUGUCCAACAUCAAAUGCGUAGGGAUCACGAUUGAGACCAGGCCAGACUUUGGCCAAAUCGACCACUUGUCCGACAUGCUUCGGUACGGAUGUACACGCCUGGAACUUGGAGUCCAGUCGCUGUAUGAAGACGUGGCCCGGGAUACGAACAGAGGCCACACUGUCGCCGCCGUGGUUGAGGCUUUCAAAUUCUGCAAGGAUGCCGGGUUUAAAGUCGUGUCACAUAUGAUGCCGGAUUUACCCAACGUCGGCAUGGAGCGCGACAUUUUCCAAUUUCAAGAAUAUUUCGAGAAUCCCGACUUCAGGACGGAUGGCCUUAAGAUCUAUCCCACCCUGGUCAUCCGUGGUACUGGUGUCUAUGAACUUUGGCGGACAGGUCGCUUCAAGAAUUACACCCCGAAUGCUUUGGUGGACCUGGUGGCGAGGAUAUUGGCGCUGGUGCCACCAUGGACAAGAAUCUACCGUGUCCAACGUGAUAUCCCCAUGCCACUCGUCACAUCUGGAGUCGAGAAUGGCAAUCUACGCGAAUUAGCGCUGUCAAGAAUGAAGGACUUUGGCACGACCUGUCGAGACGUGCGAACCCGGGAAGUGGGCAUCAAUGAAGUCAAGAACAAGAUCCGGCCGUCUCAGGUGGAGCUUGUGAGGAGAGAUUACAUGGCCAACGGCGGUUGGGAAACGUUCCUUGCGUACGAAGAUCCCAAACAGGAUAUCCUCAUCGGUCUGCUGCGGCUACGAAAAUGCAGCCCUACUCACACCUUCCGGCCCGAGCUGACGGGCCAACCGACAAGCAUGGUCCGAGAGCUGCACGUUUAUGGUUUGGCGGUACCUAUCCAUGGCCGCGAGAAGGGCAAAUUCCAACAUCAGGGCUACGGCACCCUUUUGAUGAAAGAAGCCGAGAGGAUCGCCCGAGAUGAACACGGCAGCGAGAAAUUGAGUGUCAUCAGUGGAGUGGGCGUGCGCAGUUAUUAUGCCCGGCUUGGAUACAGUCUCGAUGGGCCAUAUAUGAGCAAGAUGCUCAGCUUUGAUGACGAAGAUGAAGGUUGA